AUGUUGGCCACACUUCUUCUUAUUGCGGUCUUUGGGACAUACACACGUUCAACAAAUAUAGAAGUAAGCAUUUAUUCUUAUUUAUUUUAAUUUUAUUAAUAAACCUCGACUGCUGGGAUGUUCCAGUUUUUGACCUUACGUCCGGUCCCACGGUUUUCAAAUUUUAUUCAUGUAGUUGAAUUUGAAUUCGAAAUUCUAAUUAAUUUCCUUUAUUUAAAGACACCUUAGUAAAGAACUAGCUAUUAUAUAAUUGUACAAUCAUUAGUAUUUAUCGAUAAAUGCCACGCUCUUCAAAGAACAACUUCGAUUUCAGUUCCUUGAUUUAGAGGCCGGUUACUCCAAUAUUUUUGGACAUGCCACGUGAACAGCUUCGGCCUUAAAUUCAUUUCGAAUCGUUGAUGUUGCUCACUGAAAAGAUCGAGGCGUUAAAGCAAAAAAAGAAAUUUUGCAAGAAAAGAACAAACAAACAGACCCAAAUAGGUUGGUAUAUAACUUCAGGGACAUUUAUCCGCUAUGAACAAAAUAUUUUCUAUACGGAAACGAUACCUUGAAUACAAAUAAUUUUAAAUAAUUAUUAAAAGCUUAGGAGUAAACACUCUAUUUUUAUCUCUUCCUUUUUCUUUCUUUUACAUAAAGUCCUCAACAUCAGCUGGAAUUUGAGUAAACAACUUUAUUUGCGGGGCGUAGUAAAAAGUCGACACAUUUUUAAAGGCAAAUUUCAGGUUUUCACAGAUCUACUUACACUGCCAACUUUAUCAUUGAAAUAUGAAUAUUCUAUAAGAAAUUAUGACUAACGGUAUUCUCACGCCGGGAAAAUAUCUAAAACGAUGGUAUGCUGCACAUAAUACUCAGUUUUAACAGCAGGGAUUUAACACAGUUUUCAAAGCCUACUUUUUUGGCCGAGAUGCGACAUAUAUAAUAGUCCCGUCCAAGUCACUGACCAAAUGAUUAGGUAUAUAAUAGGUUUUAAUUUGCUUAAAAACUGCAAAAUGAUCUUAUCAUUUUCAGCCGAGCUUUUCUUUUUCAUAAAUUGUAGGAAUCGAUAGGAAGUCCUUUACUGAUUUUCCGGAGGCAGCUGAGGGCCAUUUUAUAUUGACUCGGAAGUUUCGGUUUCAGAUAUACCCGCGAAAGGUCUAGACUUCUUUUUAUUCAUCAUUCAGGGUUCGGUUAGGGUUGACAACUGACAAAUGAAUAAAUUAGGUCGCUCAAUUUUGGCUAUAGAUGAUAACUUAAAUGUUAUUCUGUCCUCGUAAAAAUUUGGUUUAAAUAAAAGAUUUUCAAAGGGUUGGAGGCUAAAUUAGAUAAUUAUAUGUUUUGUCAGUUAUGACUAACAGACUUACAAUAUCUAUUUCACCAUCUAAAGGUGAAAAUCUGGAAGGUGAUUAAAAAUUUUUCCAUAACAGAACGUCACGUAAAUAAAAUGCUAGUCUUAAUCACGUUAAUCUUUUAUUGUUCGUACUUUUCGUUAAUUCAUCUUGUUAACAACACUAUUCUUGAUACGCGUGUUAUUCUGCUGUACGAAUAUCAUUUUACUCUUAUUACUCCUCAUUUCAACCAUAAAUCGUCGGAGACGUUUUGCUACGUUCAGCUAAGUAGACAGGGUAGUUUUGUUUUCUGAAAGUCAUGUAUAGUAGUAACAUACAUCUUUGGUUCGCUCAAAUCGAAAGAUUUUAAAUUGAAUCGAUGCAAUUUUACGUGUAUGGAUUCUCUUGUUGAUAACUGAAAACAUAAAUGUUAUAUAGAAACAACCCUUGACAAUGCCCUUGUAUCUAUGCCCGCAACAAUGUUAAAAAUAUUAUUUUAAACAGACUGGUAAAAUUAAAAUAAUCAUUUCUGCAUUCUGCAAAUUUCAGCAGGAUCUACGCAUGCGCUUCACGUUUGACCGCUUUGAAUUCCAUUCUUGAUCUCGACUGAUGAACUCGACCUUGGGAGUUGCUUUACAUGACCCUUUGCUGCACUCGACGAGAAGUUUCCCAGAGCUCUUUCGAUUCUGUCCGUCUGUCGAGCUCUCUGAAAGAGGACGAGAUCAGAAGUUAAAAAUGUUAUGAAUCUUAGUUCUUUACAUUUGGUUCCGUGUCAUGCCCGGCUCAUGCAGAAUCUAUUAUGUCUUUAGCCUGCGAAAACAUCCGUUUCUCUUCGCUCUUUAUCGCUGGGGACGUUUCGCAAGGAGGAAAGUCUGCGACUCUGCGACAGAAAUUCCAUACUAAUGACGCAAAUCAAUGUUUAAAUGAUAAAUUCGGUUGUCAUGGGGUUCCAAAUAUAAAUUUGUCCAAUUUUACGUGUCUUGUGGUCGAUUUUGGUAAAGUGUUGUGUUCAACGAGCUCUAGCAACAGGCUCAAAUGCUUCUUCUAGAGAAGGCUAUAUUCCACAAAUAUUGACAGUUUUAUUAGACAUUCUUCGCGUUCGCAUUUGGGCUUUGAGGCCUUUUGUCUUUCGUAAACAAUAGCUAAAACAAUGUAAUUACUCCAACGACCAAUCAGCGCUUCUGACAGGAUUCCGGACAGAUUUUACGUCGUCAGUAUGAAAUUUCUGUCGCUGAGUCGCAGACGUUCCUCCUCGCUAAACGUCCCCAGCGGCGAACAGCGAAGAGGAACGGAUGUUUUCGCAGGCUAUUCAUGUCUUCAAAAUAAAAGCGCGCUUUUUUGUCCCUGACUUAGUCAACAUGGGAAAGGAGAGCCAUACGUGCCUUACUCGGGGCUCGCCUCGAGCUCCAACGGCUACAAAUGAGCGUCACAUCGUGUAACCAAAGGAAUCUCCCCUUUCGCUUAGCCUGAGCAUUAACAGCCGACAUUUCGCGACGCCACUUCCGGUUUCCGCCGCAAGAUGACGUCUGAGGGGUGAGGAACGAACUCAUUCCAUACUGAUGACGUGUCACUAACCAGGUCUGGCUAGUGUUUUUGAUUGGUUGAAGCAAACUUCAUCCGCGGUACGACCAAUCAAAAGCACUGCCCAGAUCUGGGGGUGGGGGAGGGGGGCUAAACCAUCACCUAUUGCUGUAAAUUUGCGCGAAAUCCUACUUUGCUCUGACCGGAUGCGAGUUUGGCGCGCAAAAUGAGCCAGGUUUUAUAAGAAAGACGGAGCGGGCAAGAGCGGGCUCAAGGCCAGUGCCAGGCUCCUGACUGUUUCUUAGUUCCUAUAGAUAACGUCUUUAAUUUCAGGAUACUUGGUUUGAUGAUAUCGAUGGGCCAAACUUUUUGCGUGGAGUCGAGCAGGAACCAAAGCAAGGAAGGAACCUUGAUUUCACUAAUGUAAGACAUUUCAGAGAUAAUUAUAUUAAGCACUGCGUUCACGGUGAAUACUGAAAACGGCAGAGAUUUCUUGUUUGCCGUUUCAACGUGAACAAUUUAUAGGAUAGUAUGCUUCGGUAAAACCUGUUUUAUUUCGGGCUGCCAUUGAAAGAACAAAUGAAAAAGUGGUAAGUUUUGCUGUAAACGUUAUGCGUAACGUUCCUUUCUAUUACUGGGCCUUAUUCAGUAGGUCUCACACCUGCAAACUUCGCCGCUCGUGGCUUCGGCCUACGGCCGAAGAUGUGUCGGCCUUCGGCCAACACACUUUUCGCGACGCCACUAACAGUUUUCCCGCGAAGACCAACCUCGCUCCCAGAAAGAAGCCUGGGAAUGAGGUAGCAAAAAGACGUCGGAGGAUUGUCUGAGGAACGAGUUUAGAAAUUCCACACUGAUGACGUGUCAUGGCAUAUCUGGUAGUGCUUCUGAUUGGCUGAAGCAAACUUUCGACCAAGAACAAGCACUAUACAAAUCAAGGGGUAGUGAUACGUCAUAAAAAAUUUCUACGCUGGUUUCUCAAACGUCAUUUCAGGGGGAAACAGUGAAAAUUUUCAUCUUUAUCUAAUACAGCAGUGGUGGUUUUUUUUCCAAAUCCUUGUUAAUAGCGACGAAGUUAAUGCUCCAACUUGAGAGGUAUCGACCCUCAGAACAAGGAUCAUUAUACGCUGGUGGGAAACUGCCCACCCACCCCUCCCCUAAGCCAACAUCAACACUUACUUCUCAUUUAUGGCAAAACGUUGGCUUAGGGGAGGGGUAGGUUCAAGCCACCUUAAGCUUAUUACAAAUGGUUUCUCUAAUUAAAAACAUGUGCUUGAAUGCAGCAUUGGUCACGUGAUUCGACUGGUUCUUCGAGCUCCAGUGACAACUACAUGACGUCAAGCCCGUCUACGUCAAGUGAAAACAUUGUCUGUAAAGUUGCUUCCCAUCCUUUUGGCAUAAAUACGACAAGUAAGUAAUUUUAUCACUGGUAAAAAAUUCUCGCGCGAUUGUUGCGUUUCACGUGCACCUAAUUAGCUCCUGAAAAUUUUGCCGGAAUUUUUGGAAAACGCCUGUUGAAUUGGAGCCAGUCGAGCCGUUUUUUCUUUCACACUGCCUAACCAAAAAGAAGUAAAACCACCCAAAGUGUUAUUUAAAAGUCAGGAUCACCACGCUGGUUGUGUUCCUGAUGCUGAAAUGCAUUUUCCUGCGUUUGGACCAUACACAGAAGGGGAAAAAAUCGAGGUUCUGGGCAAAAAAGCAGUUUCACUUUCCCCUUGAAAUUCACUUCCUCUCCUUUGCCAUUUCUGUUGACUAACCCUGUAGUUUCUUCAAAAACCAUACCCGAUUCAGGGGCCCGUUUCUCGAAAGUCCCGAUAAUUAACGGGCCCGCUAAGCUGUUGCCGUUUACAUUAAAGAUCGAGGUUUCAGUAGUUUUGCAUCUAACAUGAUAAGACUAUCAGUGAAACAAAAUGGAGUAGUUUGCUAGCCUGGACCCGCGCUCUUACUCUUUAUAUUUCGAUUUGAAUAUUUGAUUUCGGGCCCGAAAACUUACCGGGACUUUUGAGAAACGGGCCCCUGGACCAGAAUGGGUUAAGACUAUACCCUUUCAUACCUCCAGAUUAGGAGGGGCCCGGUCAUCCAGACCCUGAGAUAAGCGGGGGGUGGGGGGGGGCCGGUCUCAAAAAACAUUUUUUCGGCCCUUCGGGCCUCAUUUUGAUGCAGAAAUAAGGGGGGGUAAGGGAGGCCGGGCCCCCGGACCCCUCCCCUGGAUCCGCCACUGCCCGUUUUAAGACCAAUCGGUGCAAAAACCCUACCCUUUGGGGAGGCACAUGCCUUUAUGGCUUACUAUGUAAGGGAGUACCCCUGGUGUCUCAAUGGGGUGUCAGCUUUGACGGUUCAAUUUUAGAGCUUUUGACAUUUGACGGUUAUUGAAGUGGAAUUUUAGGUCAAAGAGCUUAGGUAAAAGUUUAACUGCUGUAUAAAUUCAUAUUAACUAUGUGGUUUGGAGGUUGUCUUGGUUGCCCUUUCUAGCAAGGUUUAAGGUCUUCUUAUGUCUAGAGAGUGUGUUCUUAAAAAACAUGGGAACUGGUUUUUUCCACGUUUGGGGAGCUGACGGUUAAUAUAAUCUGCAUUUUUGACGGUUGACGGUAAAAAAUUACCUUUUUCCACGGCUGACGGUUAAAUUUGAAAUUUAAAUUUGACGACUGACAGUUGACCAUUGAGACCUUCUGUUAAGAACUGUUCAGCGUAAUAUUCAAAAUUUACACGGGUUUUUCGUAUGAUUGAACUGCAAAUACCACAGGGACGCCACACAAAUUGCAGUUUGUGUGGGCUUUCCCUUGCAAUUACGUUCUUGAAAAAACCAACCAACACGGGGCGGGGGGUCAGCAAGAGAUACUCAGGGCCAAAUUUAAGAUAAGGAGAGAUUCCUAUUCGAAUGCGGUGCUUAUUUGAGGCCUUAUGACGUACUACUUUUUCAGGGAAACAAGAUGUUGUGCAUGGAAGCAAGAUACAAGUGCAUUGCCAUCCAUUCCUUACCGUCGUUGAGGUUAACAAGCUCCAUGUGAAAAAACCAAUACCGUCCCACAUUAAACUUCAUCGGUGCAUGGGUUUCUGUAACUCAGAUAAAAUAAACUGCACAGUGACAAAACAGGACGAAAUUAAAGUAAGAGUGUUUGAUGUGCAAAAUCCUCCUAAAGUAGUCACUCUCAAGAUGUUCAACCAUACAGCUUGUCAGUGUAACUGCACAGAAAGAGCGUCGGACUGCGACGCUAAAAUACAAGAGUAUGAUAUUUCGAAUUGCGCGUGUAAGUGUAAGUCAAAUGGAAGCCACUGCUACCCCGCUCAGACUUGGAACGAUCGCACGUGCCAGUGCGGGUGUCGAAGCCAGGAAACUUGCCGAUUAGACCAAGUUUGGAACGACUCAGCGUGCCAGUGCCAGUGCCGAAACCAUGAUACUUGCAAUGCCACUUCAAGCCAUAUUUGGAACGACUCGACUUGCAAGUGCGACUGUGUAAAAAAGGUGAAAGAUCGCUGCGCGCGCAAGGGAAAAGUUCUCAACGAAAAAAAAUGUGAAUGUGAAUGUCCGAAACCGCAGCCCGUAUGUGAUGCAGGCACUUCCUUUCGGAAGUACAACUGCACUUGUGUGUAAACAGCCUACAUCAAAGGUUUAUUUGAUAAAAAAUAGUAUAUAGCAAUACAUGUUAAAGGUGAUAAACAGUGGUUAGAAAAAUAUAUUGUUUCGUGGCAAUAAAUUACUACAUUCAACAGG